AUUGUACGGUUACUGGAUAGCCUGGUUACUGGAAGUGGUACAGUACCAAUCAUAGGCAUUAAGGACUUGGCAUUUGGCAAUGAAUCCCAGAGUUGCAGAGUCGCUGCAAGUCUAGAUUUUUAAAUGACGUGUUCUAAGCAGUCUUGGAGGAAAGGAAAUGGACCUACAAAGCUCGGAAACAAGUGCUGUUUCUCAGCGUUGCAUCUUAACAUCCCUUCGGGUGCUUGAUAAAAAUAUAUUUAACGAUAUAUCAGAAUACAUAGAACCUUUUUUGUCGACAAGUAAACCGCGUGAAUAAAAAUUUAUUCUAUCAGUUUCUAUUUUUAUCAUAUGUUCUUGAUCAUAGAUCGGGGUAUACAUCCGUAGGUCCAGUUUCACCAGUUUCUGAUUGAAAAACUCGAUUGAUUUCAUGGACAAAAUAUUCUGCUAUGAUAUUUGGUAACCUGAUUAUGCAGGUGUCGGCUUCGUCCUUGAUUUGAUUUUCCUAUGAAUGAGAAAUCAACUGCAUCUUUUUGGUUGCAAUUGAAAUUAAGUCUCUUUCAUGCAGGUGAGCAGUUAUUGAUUGAGGUGUUUUAUCUCGUUUGCUAGAUAUGAUAAUCUGUAUUUUACCAAUAUAACCAUAAAGAAGUGCUAGAAGUAACAUCAUUUCAACAAUGAUUGUCUUUCAUUGGAAUUCGUAUUGACAAAGUAGAGCCAAAAUGGCUUGAAAUAUGUUUACUGUGGAAUCACUCGCAACGCGCACCUGUACUUUGAUUAAGGUUGGAUUGUUCGUUUUAUUCAAUACGAAAGAAAUAGGAGUUUAAAUUGGCUGAUCCUUUUCCUAUCACCAAGGCAGCCCUCGAAUUAUAAAUAUAUAGCUCAGAGAACAUCAUUAACGAUUGUUUUCCUUCAAAUGGGCUAACAGAAUGGCUGGGUUGCAGACGUUCAGUAUUGGGCUGCUUUUGUGCCUCACGAGCAUCUUGGCAAUAGAAGGCACCGUCUAUUCUCGUGUAGGAUGCUUUGAAAGCGUCGCUCUUGGAGAAGAGCUUCAUUCUGACUGCGAAUUAGACUGGAAUAACUUUGCAGAUUCGGUUAAAAGCAUUCUUGCUGAAUGUUCCAAAAAGGCCAGCCUAGCAGGAAUCUCAUACAUCGCUCUUCAUGGCACUUGCAAAUGUUCCUCCGUGCACGAUUUUCAACCCACGACUGCAACUAGUUCAAACAAAUGUAUCGGUGACAAUCGUUUUUGUUCAACUGAGGACUCAGUGUGUACUGGAUUUCAGACGUCAGUGCUUGUAUUCCAAGCAGUUAAGGGUAAAUGCAGUAAGAAGCUCGAUGUUGGCAUUGCCAUUGAUGCGUCAUUUAGCGUGGCCCCCGCUCAUUGGGAGUAUUCAAAGAGUCUUAUCAAAGGGAUGAUAAACUCGAUGGUGAUUGGUGCUGACAACGUCAAAAUGUCAAUCAUGACAUUCAGUACCAUACCAAAGGUGGUAAACUAUUUCAAUGAAAUUGACAACGCCGAUGAACUGAAGAAUAAGGUUGAUGCUCUCGUCUUGAAAGGAGGUUUUACAAGAACAGACAUUUUGUUAGAACAUGCAAAAAGAGACAUUUUCACACCAAGUUCUGGGAUGAGAGAAGACAGUGAAAGAGUCUUUGUACUAAUCACAGAUGGUGAGACGAACGGUAUCGACGCAACUGUCAACUGGCAUGAAUCAGUGAUAGUCCCUGCUGCUGAGCUGAGAUCUCAUGACGUCAAGAUCUUUACUGCUUCCUUGGGUAGCAAUGUACCGCAAUCAGAGAUCAAUGCGGUCGUAAGCUCGCCAGUUUUUGAGCAUUCGUUGAACGUUUCAGACUUUAGCUACCCAGCUGUAACUGCGACCCGCUUUGCAGAAAUUAUAUGCGGUGAGAAAUUCGUGAACGUAGCAUUGAAACAAAACACGACACAAUCAUCAACACCCAGUAGCACAUAUGGAUCAAGCUCCUAUGCUGUUGAUGGGAAUACAGACAAUAAUAUUUUUGGAAAAUCAUGUGCUUGGACGAAUUACGAGAGUAACCCUUGGUGGCGUGUUGACCUAGGAAAAGAGAGGCUAGUCUUUGAAGUAAAGAUAUACAAUAAAGCAGGCUGCUGUGUAUUUAGAACGACUGGCUUGCAAAUACGAAUUGGCUCCAACCUACAAGACAACGGUAACCAAAACCCAGUAUGCAGGGAAAACCUUUCGAUGUAUGCAGGCGAAAAAGCAACAUUUGUCUGCAUGAAACAGCUCCGGGGGCGUUAUGUAAACAUUAGACUUCUUGGAACAGAGAAAGUUUUGGCACUUUGCGAGGUUAAAGUUGUUGCUAAAGUGACUGAAGAUGGUGCAAGAUAGAACGAUGCAUUAUGUGAACUCUGCAAAGCAAGAAAAGCUCAUUGUUGGUUGACAUUAAUGUUAGUCAUAAAAUCCUACUCAUUAAUACACAACAACAA